AUGGAGAGCAACACGACAAGUGACAUCCUAAAGAUUCAAGGCUUUGACAUAUCCCCAGAGUUCAUGUACCCUUUGUUUUUCUUACUGCUCUUUGUCUACCUCACCUUGCUUUGCUCUAACAUCGGACUCCUUGUGCUCAUCAUCACUGAGAAGAAGUUGCACCAGCCCAUGUACAUUCUUUUUUGCAACCUUUCCGUCAACGAUCUCAUAGGCAACACAGUCCUACUGCCUCAGCUGAUGGCUCACGUCAUUUCAACAGAACGCUUCAUCACCUACAACCAGUGUGUGGCCCAAGCCUUUCACAGCCACACGUUCGGAUCAGCCUCCCACAUGAUCCUCAUCAUUAUGGCGAUAGACAGGUACGUGGCGAUAUGUCACCCCUUGAGGUACACCUCCAUUAUGACCCCCAAAGCUGUAGUUUUGCUGUCAGCCACUGCAUGGGCGGUGUCGCUGGUGCUGGUGUCUGUUCUGAUAGGUCUCACGGUGAGGCUGUCCCGCUGCAGGUCCGUGAUACAAAACGCUUACUGUGACAACGCGUCGCUGUUCAAGCUCUCCUGUGAGGACGUGUCCAUCAACAAUAUCUAUGGACUCUUCUUCACGGUUGUGCUGUUCAGUUGCUCGAUGGGAGGCAUAGCUGUGACCUAUUUCAGAAUAGCUGUCGUUUGCUGGCUGAAGAAAAGCAAAGAGUUGAAUAACAGAGCACUUCAAACCUGCACCAGCCACCUUGUUCUGUAUCUCAUUAUGCUCUGGUCGGGGUUCUUGACCAUCAUAUUGCAUCGUUUUCCAAACUAUCCAGACUUAAGGAAAAUUGCCUACAUUUUAUUUCAUGUGGUCCCUGCCAAUUUAAAUCCAAUCAUUUAUGGAAUGCAGUCAAGAACAUUACGGGAUAAAAUUAUCCAAAUACUGCAAAGAAAAGUGGAUUCAAUCUGA